CUUCCUAGCGCGAACACGGCCACGCUGAGCAUCUGAAAGGGCGGGCGAGGCCGGGCCUAAAACUAACCGAGAGAGGGCUCUGGUGGACCCUGUGGGAACAGGAAAGGUUGAGCCUGGGCGCUGCCCGCAGAGGGAUCCGGCUCCUGGGACGGCCCCUCGCCACCUCCUUCUGAGGACUGGGUGGGAGAAGGGCUCCCAGGACCUGCGCUGAGCCUUUGCAGUGGGCAAGUGGGGAAUCCAUCCUUGCAGUGAGAAGGCCCAUCUAGGACUUAGGCCAGUGCCGUGGUGCCCCUUCUCUCCACUCGGGGGUGGGGGUCCCUGUCUGUGAGCCCCGUGAAUUGAGUGACACAGGGCUCAGGCAGGAUGAGCGCCAUAAACAGCAGCUUUUUCUCGGUGGAGACCGAGUUCCAUGGACAAUACCAUAUCAUACGGACGAAGCCGCCAUUCGUUGUGCUGCUAGUGUUUGUGAGCUGUGCCCUGGGAGCUCUGUUGAGGAUCAUUCUGAAGGAAUCAAACAUUCCUAUUAAUGUAAUUCUUUGUUUGACUGGAGUUCUCCUUGGAGUAGUGGGCUACUUUGUAAAGGAGUUUACUAUUUUGACAGAAUACAUUGCAAAGAUUGAUCCGAUCCUGUUUCUUCAUAUGUUCACACCUGCUAUAAUAUUUACUGCUGCUUUUGAAAUGGAUUUUUAUAUAUUUCGGAAAUCAUUUUGGCAGAUAUUGCUACUUUCAGUUCCUGGCUUUUUGCUGAAUUUUACUUUAAUUGGAUGCUUAACUUAUAAAAUCAAUGAGUAUAACUGGAACUGGCACGUUAGCAUGUUGUUUGGAAUCAUUCUUAGCACAACAGAUCCUAUCCUCUCUGUGGCUUCUGUGAAAAACAUUGCUGUAGCUAAAGCUUCCCCCAAAAACUUCUGA